CGAAGAAGCUUAAACAGAGUUAAGAUGGCGGCAUGUGGAUGAGAAGGUUGUACAUUUCAGCUCUUCGGUUGCUUUCGGUGAAGAAAACACACGUUCUCAAACCUAACCCGUGAAGACAAGAGAAAAGCCCCCCCGCGAAAUCAUUUACCCGGCACCGAGCCCAUGACGUCCAUUCACUUCGUGGUUCACCCGUUACCCGGGACCGAAGACCAGCUUAAUGACAGGCUCCGUGAAGUGUCGGAAAAGCUCAACAAAUACAACUGUAACAGUCAUCCACACCUUGUUCCAUUGGAGCAGGCCAAACUUAAGCAGUGUGUGGUUGGACCAAAUCAUGCUGGAUUUCUCCUUGAGGAUGGACGUAUCUGCAGGAUAAGCUUUGCUGUCCAGCCCGACCGACUGGAGCUCGGCAAGCCCGAUGGCAAUGAUGGUUCAAAGUUGAGCAGUGUCUCAGGGGCAGGAAGGAGCUCCAGGCCAGGCAGGACUAGUGAUCCGCCCUGGUUCCUGUCUGGUUCUGAUACACUGGGCAGACUGGCAGGCAACACCCUUGGUGUGCUUGCCCAGGUGGUUCUUCAGGGAAAGUCCAGGAGUGUCAUAAUUCGAGAGCUGCAGCGCACAAACCUUGACGUGAACUUGGCUGUAAACAACUUGCUGAGCAGAGACGACGAGGACGGAGAUGACGGAGACGACACGGCCAGCGAGUCCUACUUACCUGGAGAAGACUUGAUGUCACUGCUAGACGCGGACAUUCACUCCGCACACCCCAGCGUGAUCAUUGACGCGGACGCCAUGUUCUCGGAGGACAUCAGCUACUUCGGCUACCCCUCUUUCCGACGCUCUUCCUUGUCUCGUCUCGGCUCUUCACGAGUUCUCCUUCUCCCCCUAGAGCGAGACUCUGAACUGCUCCGUGAGCGGGAGUCGGUCCUGAGGCUGCGCGAGAGGAGGUGGCUGGAUGGAGCCUCCUUCGAUGCGGAGCGUGGCUCCACCAGCCGCGAGGGAGAGCCCAGCCUUGACAAGAAGACCGUGCCGCUGCAGAGCCCCGUCACUCUGGGCGAAGAGCUCCAGUGGUGGCCUGAUAAGGACUAUGUAACAAAGUUUGUCAGCAUUGGGGCUUUGUACUCGGAGAUGGUUGCCGUCAGUACCAAAGGUGAACUGUACCAGUGGAAGUGGAAUGAGCCCGAACCUUACAGAAACGCACAAAAUCCUUCUAUACAUCACCCUCGUGUCCUUUUCCUGGGCUUGACUAAUGAAAAGAUCACCCACCUGUCUGCAAACAGUAUCCGAGCCACUGUGGCCACCGAAAGCAACAAGGUGGCGACAUGGGUGGAUGAAACUCUGAGCACUGUUGCUGCUAAACUGGAACAUGGCGCACAAAUGUUCCCGGAGCUGCAGGGAGAGCGUAUCAUCUCUCUGCACUGCUGUGCCCUGUACACCUGCGCCCAGCUGGAGAGCAGCCUUUACUGGUGGGGUGUUGUGCCUUUUAGUCAGAGGAAAAAGAUGCUUGAGAAGGCCAGAGCCAAGAACAAGAAACCAAAGUCCAGUGCAGGCAUCUCUUCUAUACCCAACAUCACUGUAGGAACUCAGGUGUGCCUGAGGAAUAACCCUCUAUAUCACGCUGGUGCCGUGGCCUUCUCCGUAAACGCCGGGAUCCCUAAAGUGGGCGUUCUGCUGGAGUCCGUGUGGAACAUGAAUGACAGCUGCCGCUUCCAGCUCCGCUCGCCCGAGAGCCUGAAGAACAUGGAGAAGAACACAAAGACGCAGGAGACCAAGACGGAGAGCAAGCCAGAGCUGGUGAAGACGGAAAUGGGCCCUCCUCCCUCACCAGCGUCCACAUGCAGUGACACUUCCUCCAUCGCCAGCAGCGCUUCUCUGCCCUACAAGCGUAGGCGCUCAACGCCGGCUCCAAAGGAGGAGGAGAAAGUCAAUGAAGAGCAGUGGCCUCUACGAGAGGUCGUUUUCGUGGAGGACGUUAAAAACGUCCCCGUGGGAAAGGUGCUAAAAGUCGAUGGUGCAUAUGUUGCUGUGAAAUUUCCAGGGACGUCGAGCAGCGUGAGCAGCCAGAGCGCAGCUCCCACUGACUCUGACCCCUCCUCACUGCUGCAAGACUGUCGACUGCUCAGAAUAGAUGAGCUACAGGUUGUUAAAACUGGUGGAACGCCAAAAGUUCCAGACUGUUUUCAGCGCACUCCUAAAAAGCUUUGUAUCCCAGAAAAAGCUGAAAUUUUAGCCGUGAAUGUUGACUCCAAAGGAGUUCAUGCUGUGUUGAAAACAGGCAGCUGGGUACGGUACUGUGUCUUUGACUUGGCCACCGGCAAAGCCGAGCAGGAGAAUCACUUCCCCACUAGUAAUCUGGCCUUUCUGGGCCAGAGUGAGCGUAACGUGGCCAUCUUCACUGCUGGCCAGGAGAGCCCCAUCAUUUUGAGGGACGGUAACGGCACCAUUUAUCCCAUGGCUAAAGACUGUAUGGGUGGAAUACGCGACCCUGAUUGGCUAGACCUCCCGCCUAUUGCUAGCCUAGGCAUGGGCGUUCAUUCGCUCGUCAACCUUCCCAGUAACACCACAAUCAAAAAGAAAGCGGCCAUCAUCAUCAUGGCAGUGGAGAAGCAGACGCUGAUGCAGCACGUGCUGCGCUGUGAUUACGAGGCGUGCAGGCAGUACCUGAUCAGUCUGGAGCAGGCCAUGCUUCUGGAGCAGAACCCUCACGCUCUGGACGCUCUGCUGGGUCACCGCUGCGACGGCAACCGCAACAUCCUCCACGCCUGUGUCUCCGUCUGCUUCCCCGUCAGCAACAAGGAAACCAAGGAGGAGGAAGAAGCAGAGCGGUCUGAAAGGAACACGUUCGCUGAGAGGCUGUCCGCUGUCGAAGCCAUCGCCAAUGCCAUUUCAGUGGUGUCCAGCAACAGCUCGGGGAACCGCACAGGAUCGUCCAGCAGCCGGGGCUUGCGCUUGAGAGAGAUGAUGAGGCGCUCCCUCCGCGCUGCAGGUUUGGGCCGGCACGAAUCCGGCCCUUCCUCCAGUGACCACCAAGACCCCGUUUCACCCCCUAUUGCUCCUCCCAGCUGGGUACCAGACCCUCCACCGAUGGAUCCUGACGGGGACAUUGAUUUCAUCUUGGCCCCUGCAGUGGGCUCCCUUACCACUGCCUCCACAGGCACCAGCCAGGGUCCCAGCACUUCCACCAUCCCAGGACCUUCAUCUGAACCAUCAGUAGUGGAAUCUAAAGACCGGAAGGCAAACGCACACCUGAUACUGAAGCUAAUGUGUGACAGCGUCGUCCUGCGACCUCACUUGAGAGAGCUGCUCUCUGCCAAGGAUGCUCGUGGGAUGACUCCAUUCAUGUUGGCGGUGAGUGGGAGAGCUUACCCAGCAGCCAUUACUGUUUUAGAAGCAGCACAGAAAAUAGCCAAAGGUGAGUACAUGGCUGCAGUUUAACUCUGAAUGAUUUUAUAGAGUGGCACUGUGUGAUUAACUGAAGUUGUAUGUUUUCAGGACAUCUUUGAGUGCAGAACUUGCGGCCUGCUGGAGUCUCUGUGCUGCUGCACUGAAUGCGCCAGAGUUUGUCACAAGGGUCACGACUGCAAACUGAAGAGAACGUCUCCCACCGCAUACUGUGACUGCUGGGAGAAGUGUAAAUGCAAGACCCUCAUCGCGGGCCAGAAAGCAGCUCGUUUGGAUCUGCUCUACAGGCUGCUGACCACCACUAAUCUAGUUACCACUCCUAACAGCAGGGGAGAGCACAUCUUGCUGUUCCUGGUGCAGACUGUUGCAAGGCAGAGCGUGGAGCAUUGCCAGUAUCGACCACCUCGCAUACGGGAGGACAGGAACCGGAAGGCAGCCAGCGCUGAAGACUCUGAUAUGCCGGAUCAUGACCUGGAGCCUCCUCGCUUCGCGCAGCUGGCUCUAGAGCGCGUGUUGCAGGACUGGAACGCGCUGAAGUCCAUGAUAAUGUUCGGUUCUCAUGAAAACAAAGACCCACUAAGUGCCAGCAGCAAAAUCGCUCACCUUUUACCAGAAGAGCAGAUGUACCUGAACCAGCAGAGCGGUACCAUCAGACUGGACUGUUUCACACACUGCCUCAUCGUCAAGUGUGCACCAGACAUCACUUUUAUUGACACUCUUUUGGGGACCCUGGUGAAGGAGCUGCAGAAUAAAUACACUCCCGGCCGCAGGGAGGAGGCCAUCAACGUCACACGCAGGUUCCUGCGCUCCGUGGCCCGAGUGUUUGUCAUCCUCAGUGUGGAGAUGGCGUCUUCCAAGAAGAAAAACAACUUCAUCCCGCAGCCCAUCGGGAAGUGCAGGCGUGUUUUCCAGGCUCUGUUGCCGUAUUCGGUGGAAGAGCUCUGCAAUGUGGCCGAGUCUCUGAUUGUGCCGGUGCGGAUGGGCAUCGCUCGCCCUACAGCGCCCUUCACUCUGGCCAGUACCAGCAUCGACGCCGUACAGGGCAGCGAGGAGCUCUUCUCUGUGGAGCCCCUGCCGCCACGACCCUCCCCGGAUCAGUCCAGCAGCUCCAGUCAGUCGGCCUCUUCGUACAUCAUCAGGAACCCUCAGCCCCGCCGCAGCAGCCAGUCCCAGACGGCCCGCGGCCGCGACGAAGAGCAGGAUGAUAUAGUUUCUGCUGAUGUAGAAGAGGUAGAGGUGGUGGAAGGUGUUGCAGGUGAGGAGGAUCACCAUGACGACCAGGAGGAGCAGGGGGAGGAGAACGCAGAGGCCGAAGGGCAGCAUGAUGAGCACGAUGAAGACGGGAGCGACAUGGAGCUGGAUUUAUUGGCUGCUGCUGAGACGGAGAGUGACAGCGAGAGUAACCAUAGCAACCAGGACAACGCCAGUGGCCGCAGGAGCGUUGUGACCGCCGCCACCGCUGGAUCUGAAGCAGGUGCCAGCAGCGUUCCUGCUUUCUUCUCCGAGGACGACUCCCAGUCGAAUGAUUCCAGUGACUCGGACAGCAGCAGCAGUCAGAGUGACGAUGUGGAUCAGGAGACUUUCCUGUUGGACGAGCCUCUAGAGAGAACCACGGGCUCAGCACACGCCAACAGUGCGGCCCAGGCGCCGCGGUCCAUGCAGUGGGCCGUUCGCACUACACCCAGCCAGCGCUCUGCCGGCGGCGCCCCAUCCAGCUCAUCCACACCUGCUGCGAGCUCCACGGGCCUCAUCUACAUCGAUCCUUCAAACCUGCGACGGAGCAGCGCCAUCAGCACGAGCGCAGCAGCCGCCGCAGCAGCCCUGGAGGCCAGUAACUCCAGCAGCUACCUGACAUCCGCCAGCAGCCUGGCUCGAGCCUACAGCAUCGUCAUCCGGCAGAUCUCCGACCUCAUGAGCCUCAUACCCAAAUACAACCACCUGGUCUACUCGCAGUACCCCGCUGCAGUCAAACUCACCUAUCAGGACGCGGUUAAUCUGCAGAACUUUGUGGAGGAAAAGUUGAUCCCCACCUGGAACUGGAUGGUGUCCAUCAUGGAUUCCACUGAAGCGCAGCUGCGAUACGGCUCCGCUCUGUCAUCAGCCGGGGAUCCUGGUCACCCCAGUCACCCGCUGCACGCUUCACAGCACGCAGGCCGCAGGGAGCGCAUGACUGCUCGAGAGGAAGCCAGUCUCCGCACCCUUGAAGGUCGAAGGCGCGCCGCUACACUUUUGACGGCUCGUCAGGGGAUGAUGUCGGCUCGAGGAGACUUCCUGAACUACGCUCUGUCUCUAAUGCGUUCUCAUAACGACGAGCAUUCAGACGUUCUGCCUGUACUGGACGUGUGUUCGCUCAAACACGUGGCGUACGUCUUCCAGGCCCUCAUCUACUGGAUUAAAGCCAUGAAUCUGCAGACGACACUCGACACCACUCAGAUUGACAGGAAGAGGAAUCGUGAGCUGCUGGAGCUCGGCCUGGACAAUGAGGACUCUGAGCACGAGAACGACGAGGACACCAAUCAGAGCUCCACCCUGCAGGACAAGGACGAGGAGUCGGUCCCUGCUGAGACCGGACAGCACCAUCCGUUUUUCCGCCGCUCUGACUCCAUGACCUUCCUGGGAUGCAUCCCUCCCAACCCUUUCGAAGUGCCCCUUGCUGAGGCCAUUCCUCUGGCUGACCAGCCGCAUCUCCUGCAGCCCAAUGCCAGAAAGGAGGACUUGUUUGGAAGACCAAGUCAGGGUCUGUAUUCAUCUUCGUACAUGGCCAGUAAAGGCCUCACAGAUCUGACUGUGGACAUGAAUUGCUUGCAGAUUCUACCCACAAAGAUGUCGUAUUCGGCGAACAUGAAGAACGUGAUGAGUAUGGAGUCUCGGCAGAGGGGUGGCGAGGAGCAGCCGGCUGCGGAGGAUAUGGAUGCGUCCAAACCAGGCCCUUCGCCUCACGAUCUGGCGGCCCAGUUAAAGAGCAGCCUGCUCGCAGAGAUUGGUUUGACAGAGAGCGACGGCCCGCCGCUUCCCACAUUUAUUCCACACUGCAGCUUUAUGGGGAUGGUGAUCUCUCACGACAUGCUGCUGGGCCGCUGGAGGCUUUCUCUGGAGCUGUUCGGCCGAGUCUUCAUGGAGGACGUGGGAGCAGAACCGGGAUCUAUCCUGACUGAACUGGGAGGUUUCGAGGUGAAGGAGUCCAAGUUCCGGCGUGAGAUGGAGAAGCUGAGGAACCUGCAGUCACGUGAUCUGGCCCUGGAGGUGGACCGCGACCGAGAGCAGCUCAUCCAGCAGACCAUGCGCCAGAUCAACGCUCACUUCGGCCGCCGCUGCACCACUACACCUAUGGCGGUGCACCGCGUGAAAGUGACUUUCAAGGAUGAACCUGGAGAGGGCAGCGGAGUGGCACGGAGCUUUUACACGGCUAUCGCACAGGCCUUCCUCUCCAACGACAAGCUGCCCAAUCUGGACUGUGUACAGAGUGUUAGCAAGGGAAUGCAGGCUAGCAAUCUUAUGCAGCGGCUGAGGAACCGAGACCGUGAGCGUGAGAGGAGGAGCGGAGGACUGAGAGCUGCAUCCAGACGAGACCGUGAUCGGGACUCGAGGAGACAGCUGUCGAUCGACACACGGCCGUUCAGACCUGCAUCAGAAGGGAACCCCAGCGAUGAUGGCCUCUUCAGUCAAUUGGAGUAUUUUAUGAGCUUCUCUCUCUUGCACAGGGAAAACGGCGCUGACAGUAUACUGGACCUCGGCCUCCUUGACACUCCUGAGAAAGCGCAGCAGGAGAACCGAAAGAGGCACGGUUCGACCCGCAGUGUGGUUGACAUGGAGCUGGACGACCCUGAUGACGGGGACGAUAACGCUCCUCUGUUUUACCAACCCGGCAAGAGGGGCUUCUACUCGCCCCGUCCAGGCAAGAACACAGAGGCCAGGCUCAACUGCUUCCGAAACAUCGGCAGGAUACUUGGCUUAUGUCUGCUACAGAAUGAACUUUGCCCCAUCACCCUCAACAGACACGUCAUCAAGGUGUUGCUCGGCAGGAAGGUCAACUGGCACGACUUUGCGUUCUUCGACCCGGUGAUGUACGAGAGCUUGCGACAGCUGAUUCGUCACUCUCAAACCGAGGAGGCGGAGGCUGUGUUUGCGGCGAUGGACCUCGCCUUCGCUAUCGACCUCUGCAAGGAGGAAGGCUCUGGACAGGUGGAGCUCCUGGCUGGCGGGGUCAACAUGCCCGUGACGCCUCUGAACGUGUACGAGUACGUGAGGAGAUACGCGGAGCACCGGAUGCUGGUGGUGGCAGAACAGCCUCUGCAUGCCAUGCGGAAGGGUCUUCUGGAUGUGCUUCCAAAGAACGCUCUGGAGGACCUGACGGCUGAGGACUUCAGACUGCUGGUCAACGGCUGUGGAGAAGUUAAUGUCCAGAUGCUCAUCAGUUUCACCUCUUUCAAUGAUGAGUCAGGGGAGAACGCCGAGAAGCUGCUGCAGUUCAAGCGCUGGUUCUGGUCCAUCGUUGAGAAGAUGAGCAUGACGGAGCGCCAGGACCUGGUGUACUUCUGGACAUCCAGCCCGUCCCUGCCGGCCAGUGAAGAAGGUUUCCAGCCCAUGCCCUCCAUCACCAUUCGUCCGCCGGAUGACCAGCACCUGCCCACCGCCAACACCUGCAUCUCUCGCCUCUACGUGCCACUUUACUCUUCCAAACAGAUUCUCAAACAGAAACUUUUACUAGCCAUCAAGACCAAGAACUUCGGUUUUGUGUAGUCGAACGAAACCCGUUUAAUCGUUGUGUAAUAUUACUAGUUCCAUUUUUGUAGAUUUAUUUUUUGUCUAUACAAUUUUAUGAAAUUUAAAAAGUGCUGUCGCGUCCCUGGCAGCCUUCUUGUUUCUUUUUUUUAAUUUCCGUUAUCCGAGUAUAACGCAACAUUCCUGCAUUGGCUUUUGUAAAGUUGAAGCCUGCAGCUCCAUUGGCUUGAACUGUAACUUCCCGUGACUUUGGCCUGACGGUAAACUGUCCGCCAAACCCAGCCAAAGAUGACCGCAGGAAUUAUUUAAAGAAAAAGUAAGCGUACACUGUGAUUGAUUUUUUUUUUCUUCCCUGCCCUAAACAUAAAUAUUACUAUCACUGAGCGUUCACUGCUGCCUUUGUGGAAAGUCAUUUUUUCUUGUAUAGAGGGAGUAGGGAA